AUGGAGGACUGCACCUACAUCGAGAUACAGGCUCUGCUUCUGGAAUACGAGCAACUAAUACUCAACAGAUUUGACUGCCUAAUUGCAGUUAUAGAAGCGGUAAGCUCAAAAAAUAAGCUCAAUGAACUUGGUGUGACGGGAGAGGCAGUUUGCCGUGUGCAGCUUGAUGCCAUGCAGUUGGCUGCGGGAGAUGCUCCCUUCGUGCCUGUCCUAUCUAAGAGGGAGUGGGGGCGGACCAAGCCCGGGAUAGAUUACAACUCACAGGCACCCGAAAGAACCAUUCACGUGAGCAGUGAGGCUCCCACUGAAAGAUGUGGAUUCACAAGCUGCAAUAAGCCUAGUCAUGAUCAGAGUGCUGGUGCUUCUUUUAAUCUUCUUCAACAUCAAACAAACUUUAUUAGAAAUUUAUGUUCGGAGUGUGGGAAAUGUUUUACAAGAAAAUCAUAUCUUAUUGCUCAUCAGAAAGUUCAUACAGGAGAAAGAAGAUUUUCAUGUUCUGAUUGUGGGAAAUGUUUUACCUGGAAGUCAGCCUUUAUUAACCAUCUUAAACAUCAUAGAGGAGAAAGCAAAUUUUCAUGUUCUGAAUGUGGAAACUGUUUUACAAGGAAAUCAAGUCUUAUUGCUCAUUGUAAAAUUCAUACAGGCGAAAGAAGAUUUUCAUGUUCUGAUUGUGGGAAAUGUUUUACCUGGAAGUCAGCCUUUAUUAACCAUCUUAAAAUUCAUACAGGAGAGAAAGAAUUUUCAUGUUCUGAAUGUGGAAAAUGUUUUACAAGGAAUUCAAGUCUCAUUGCUCAUCAGAAAAUUCAUACAGGAGUAAGAGAAUUUUCAUGUUCUGAAUGUGGGAAAUGUUUUAACCAGAAAUCAAAUCUUAUUUCUCAUCAGAAAAUCCAUACAGGUGAAAGAGCAUUUUCAUGUUCUGAAUGUGAGAAAUGUUUUAACCAGAAAUCGCAUCUUAUUUCUCAUCAGAAAAUUCAUACAGGAGAAAGAGACUUUCCAUGUUCUGAAUGUGAGAAAUGUUUUAACCAGAAAUCACAUCUUAUUUCUCAUCAGAAAAUCCAUACAGGAGAAAGAGAAUUUUCAUGUUCUGAGUGUAGGAAAUGUUUUAGUUGUAAAUCACAGCUUAUUUAUCAUCAGAAAAUUCAUACAGGAGAGAAAGAAUUUUCAUGUUCUGAAUGUGGGAAAUGUUUUACCUGGAAAUCAACUCUUAUUGACCAUCUUAAAAUUCAUACAGGAGAAAGAGAAUGUUCAUGCUCUGAAUGUGGGAAAUGUUUUACCAAGAAGUCACAGCUUAUUAGGCAUCAAAAAAUUCAUACAGGAGAGAGAGAAUUUUCAUGUUCUGAAUGUGGGAAAUGUUUUACCUGGAAAUCAAGUCUUAUUGACCAUCUUAAAAUGCAUACAGGAGAGAAAGAAUGUUCAUGUUCUGAAUGUGGGAAAUUUUUUACCAAGAAGUCACAGCUUAUUAGGCAUCAAAAAAUUCAUACGGGAGAGAAAUCAUUUUCAUGUUCUGAAUGUGGUAAAUGUUAUACCUGGAAAUCAAGUCUUAUUGACCAUUUUAAAAUUCAUACAGGAGAGAGAGAAUUUUCAUGUUCUGAAUGUGGGAAAUGUUUUACUCUGAAAUCAAAUCUUGUUAUUCAUCAAAAACAUCAUAUUAAAGAGAAAACAUUUAGGGCAAGAUUACGAGUGACACGCUAACAGUUACAUGUUAGCAACAAGGGGUUUAUCACGGGUGUUGGAGCAUGUCAGGUUUAUUUCUCGUAUUAACAGUUGAAGGUAAACAUGAACGCAUGAGCAAUUCGUGAUUUACACUAGAAUUAUUACCUUGUCCUCAAAAGUUCUGGUUAACUGUUUUGCUACACUGUAAAGUUGCACAAAACACAUAAAAGAUACAUUCAAAUAACACUAUCUAAUAAACAUUAUUUUAAAAAAUUGCACAAAAAAGUUAUAAAGUCUCAAAGAAAAGAGGUCUCAGGUGUUAGGAGAAAA